AUGAUUAGGACAUUAUGGUGGGGGGGCUGCCGGCAUCGUUGGUUUUUCCCUCUUCGUCUUUUCUUAACCAUUGAUUUACUCAAAAGCCUUCCCUCUCUCUCUCUCUCUCUCUCUCUCUCUCUCUCUCUCUCUGUGUUAUCAGUUUCAUAUUCUUCUAACAUAUCUAUAUGUUCGUUAUUCUUCAAACGCUCUAUCUCUCAUUUUCUAUAUAUCACUCAUUCGGCGUCAUUAACCAUUAGCAUUUCUCCCUACUCUCUUUCUCUCUCUCUAUGUCACUCUCUCUAUGUCACUCUCUCUCUAUGUCUCUCUCUCUCUCUAUGUCUCUCUCUCUCUCUCUCUCUUUAUUUUACCGAUUUUAGUACGCUGCUAUGUUUUGAGUAUCUGUACUUAUAUUUUCCGGCCUGCAUAUCGACGUAUCAUUCAUGUGUAAUUCCUAUCUAUCAAGGCCUAUUCGUGCCUGUAUGUCCGUCUCAGCCUAUUCGUGCCUGUAUGUCCGUCUCGGCCUUUCAUACCUGUCUGUCCGUCUCGGACCAUUCGUCUUCUCUGUCCCAUACCUGUCUGAUUCCAUUCUUAUCUGUCUCAGCCGAUUCCUAUACAUAUUCAGAUCAUAUUUUACAAUCUUAA